CACUUUCGAAAGUCAAGCCCUAAACGGCUAAACAUCUUACACGCACUGUGAGAGAGAGAGAGAGAGAGAGAGAGAGAGAGAGAGAGUACUCUGUCUCUCUAAAGACUCUGUUUUCUCUCAAUUUCACCAAAACCCUCCCUUGAAAAAUGGAGAACUCUCAACCAAACAUCCCCCAAAAUAUGGAGAACUCUCAACCCUCACCCAAUCCCGACUCCAAAAAGUUCCCGAUUCCCGUAGACUCCGAACACAAGGCCACCGUGUUCCGCCCGUUCUCGGCCGCAGCACCGCACUUGCAGGCGUUCCACCUCGCCUGGUUCUCCUUCUUCUGCUGCUUCGUUUCCUCCUUCGCCGCCCCGCCCCUGCUCCCGGUCAUCCGCGACAACCUCAACCUCACCGCGACUGACAUCGGCAACGCCGGCAUAGCAGCCGUUUCCGGCGCCAUGUUCGCCAGGGUAGUCAUGGGAACCGCGUGUGACCUCUUCGGACCCCGGCUCGCGUCGGCUUCGCUCAUACUUGCUACGGCGCCCGUGGUGUUCUGCACCUCUAUGGUUAACUCGGCUGUCUCCUUCCUCCUUGUACGCUUCUUCACGGGCUUCUCUUUGGCCACAUUCGUCUCAACCCAAUUCUGGAUGAGCUCAAUGUUCUCCUCCUCGGUAGUCGGCACAGCCAACGGCGUCUCCGGCGGGUGGGGCAACUUAGGCGGCGGCGCCACCCAACUCAUCAUGCCCCUCGUCUUCGACCUCAUCUGCACCACCGGCGCCGUCAAAUUCACCGCCUGGCGAAUCGCCUUCCUCAUCCCCGGCUUGAUCCAGACCUUCUCCGCCUUCGCCGUCUUCUUCCUCGGCCAAGACCUCCCCGAUGGCAACUUCGCGAAUCUGAAGAAAACCGGGGCCAAGGAAAAAGACAAGUUCAAAGACGUAUUCUACAACGCCGUCACCAAUUACAGAGGAUGGGUGUUAGCACUAACUUACGGCUACUGCUUCGGAGUCGAAUUGACGAUAGACAACAUAAUCGCGCAGUACUUCUACGACCGGUUCAACGUGAAUCUUCGCACGGCGGGGAUCAUCGCGGCGAGCUUCGGGAUGUGCAACCUAUUCUCGAGGCCCGGUGGGGGGUUUCUGUCGGACGCUGUGGCGAGCAGGUUCGGUAUGAGGGGGAGGCUCUGGACAUUGUGGGUGGUGCAGAGCUUGGGCGGGCUGUUUUGCGUUCUGCUGGGUCGGGUCGGGUCCUUGAGCGGCUCCGUUGCUGUGAUGCUGGUGUUCUCUGUUUUUGUUCAGGCUGCUUGUGGGCUUACUUUUGGGGUUGUUCCCUUCGUCUCCCGAAGGUCUUUGGGCAUAAUUUCCGGAAUGACCGGAGGCGGCGGAAACGUCGGAGCAGUUUUGACGCAAGUGAUCUUCUUCAGAGGAUCCAGAUUCAAAACAGAGACAGGAAUAACCCUAAUGGGCAUCAUGAUCCUCUGUUGCAGUCUCCCAACAGUCCUGAUCAGCUUCCCACAAUGGGGCGGCAUGUUCUGCGGUCCAUCAUCGAAAGGAGCCACCGAAGAAGACUACUACAUGUCCGAAUGGAGUUCGGGAGAGAAAGAGAGAGGGUUCCAUCUGGCAAGCUUGAAAUUUGCUGAUAAUAGCAGGAGAGAGAGGGGCAGAAGGGUUCAAUCCGCACCCUCCCCGUCUGAUGAGACCCCGUCCGAACAUGUUUGAUUAUUCGAAUAUAAGCCUGUUCGAUUCGUCAUGAUCACCGCACGGAAAAGCAUCAACAUACACUCCCUUUACGAAUUUUUGUGGCUCAUCUGAUGAGACCCAUGCAUGCAUGUUUGAUUAUUUCAUAUAAGCCUCAGUUUGAUUAUGUAAAGACCCGGUAUUUUAAUAAAUAAUAAUAAUUGUCAAAACGAAAA